AUGCCCAAGCCAUUUACGAUACCUCCCGGCACCCUGUUGCCCUUGGAUCUUGACCAAGAUUUGCCCUCGGAUGCUGAGGAGGAUCUCAAGGCCCUUUUUGGCGAGCGUGUGCUGGGAGACGCUGGAAGAAAGAAGAGACAAGACGAGGCGCGAAAAGCCAAAGACAAGUCGAAGCGAAAGACGACCGGAUCAGGGAUGUUUGACACAAUCUUUCUCGACGAACAUGUCCCAAACCCACCACCGCCGCCGUCACCCGCCAACGAUGCCACACAGCGUGCUACGCCGCCGCCGCCACCAUCAUCACCACCGCCAGCCAAUGAUACUACACAACCACGACCAUCCGACCACAGACAAAACGCACCGCCACCGGCCACUGAUGCUACACAACAGGCCAUACGGCCACCCGCCACUGAUACUACACCACAAGCCGCACCAGCCAUUGCUAUCGGAGUACCACAAGAGUCAUUUGCGGCAUACAAAGAUGCAUGGGAAAAGAUAGGAUCAAACAAGUGCAGUCCUGCAGACCUACCGCUUCCCCUCUGCACUACUAAUGUCCAGAUACUACGUACUCAGCUACGGAAUGAGGUGAAGGCUCUUCAUGCAGCAACAUCCCGUUGGGAGGUGCUCAGGCGAGAGCACUUGGAAAUGAUCAAUACAAAGACCCGCGAUGAAAAGUACACAGGUUACAACAUCUUCAAACUCCGCACAGAAAUGUUCCUGGCCGAUGGAGUCUUCGCCGACUGGAAGGUGGAAGAAGAAGGUGGACAUGCCGUUGUCAAGCUGUACUGGGACGCAGCCAGAACCAAAGAUCUGGACGCAAGUGAUACGGAAGAGGACCUGAGACUACAUAAUGGCAAGCUGGCGGCUCUCCAAGAACACUUCAAGAAGGAGAAAUUUAGAGGGCAUCAGGAUCAGCUUGAUAGACGCACGAAUUGCACGCACCUUGACGUCGAGCGGAGGACCAGCCAAAACAUGAUGGUCAAGGCGAUCUACAAUGGCAUCAUGAACUUGAAGGAGCAGACCGAGAAGGCCAUCAAGCGAGGUGGAAAGAAUCCACAACAAGAAGACAUUGAUGCAGAGAAGUGGGUACCAGAUCGAGAUCCGGAAGAGUGA